AUGGCCAGUGUGAAUGAAGAGGAGAGGAUGUCAGGGGUGGAUCAUGACCUGAUACGUGAGAAUUUCUCACCUUGGGAAUCAUACAGCAAAAUGCCGUGUGACAGGGGAUCUCAGGAAAACUUGGUAUCUCGCAGGCUAGAAGGGCUAAAGAAUGCGAAUAUGAAUAACGUGCUAUGCUCUCUCUGCUGGUUCUGGCUGCCCUCUCCAUAUGAUCAAUCCAGCAGAGUUGCUUUCAACAGGAACAACUGUCUAGAGCUUGGGAUUGGGAAAAUUCUUCAUCGUAGGAUCUGGAAAUCGGGAACAGACUCAAGAGUUCGUGGGCAGUGGGUGACUGCGAGCCAGCGUGGGGUGUGCCGCUAUGGUUCUCGGCUGGACUGCUGUUAUGGCUGGAAAAAGAACAACAAGGGCCAUUGCGAAGCUAUCUGUGAACGUGGCUGCAAGUAUGGCGAGUGCAUGGGACCAAACAAAUGCAAAUGUUUCCAUGGAUUUACAGGGAAAACCUGUAAUCAAGAUCUGAACGAAUGUGGACUGAAACCACGUCCCUGUGAACACAGAUGUAUGAACACACAUGGCAGCUACAAGUGCUAUUGUCUCAACGGGUACAUGCUUAUGCCAGAUGGCACAUGUGCAAGUUCUAGGACAUGUGCCAUGGUGAAUUGCCAAUACGGAUGUGAAGAAGUCAAAGGGGAGGUACGGUGUCUUUGUCCAUCAGGUGGCCUUCAGUUGGGACCGAAUGGAAGGACAUGCAUUGACAUUGAUGAAUGCUCCACUGGCAGAGCUGUCUGCUCUUACAACCGCAGGUGCAUCAACACAUUUGGAAGCUACUACUGCAAGUGCCAGCUUGGUUAUGAACUGAAAUACGUCAGUGGCCAUUAUGACUGUGUAGAUGUAAACGAAUGUGUGGCAAAUAUACACAGGUGUAACCUCCAUGCAGAGUGCCUCAACACCGAAGGAUCCUUCAAAUGCAAAUGUAAACAGGGCUACCAAGGAAAUGGAUUUGAUUGCGUUGUUAUCCCUGAAAAGUCAGUGAAGGAAAUUGCAAGAAUCCCUGGUACAGCUAAGGACACAAUCAAGAAACUUCUUGUGCAUAAAAAGAGUGUGAAAAAGCAUGAAACAAUCAAGAAUGCGAUCCCAGAAGCAGCCGUGACACCGGCUUCUAAGACCCACUUGCAGUUAUUGGACUAUGAAGGUGGUAUUGAUCUUGGUGGGAGCUACACUGAGGAAGAGAAAGAAACUGAAGCUACUGCAGAAGAGGUGGCAGAAGAGUCAGACAAAGAGGAGAAGGAAGAUUUUGAGAAUCAAAUUGACCACGAGCGAAGGCUUAGAGGAGAUGUCUUUUUUCCCAAAGUGAAAGAAGCAGCUGCCUUUGGCCCUCUCCUGGCACAGAGGAGAGUUCCACUAUCAAGACCAGAGCAAGAAGUUGAUUGCAGCUUCAGUCGAGGGGUCUGCGACUGGAAACAAGAUGCUGAUGAUGACUUUGACUGGAAUCCUGCCGAUCGAGAUAGAGGCGAUGGGUACUACAUGGCAGUUCCAGCUUUUGUGGGGCACAAGAAGGAUAUGGGGCGUCUAAAACUUCUCCUCACCGACCUCAAACCAAAGAGCAGCUACUGCUUGAUCUUCAGUUACCGGCUCGCUGGCGAGAGAGUGGGGAAACUUCGAGUGUUCCUGGCAAACAAAAAAACCACUCCUGUCUGGGAGGAAAAUAAAGGAAAAGAUGAAAGGUGGAGAACUGGAAAAAUAGAGAUAUUUCAGGGGGCUGAAACGACCAACAGUGUCACUUUUGAAUCAGAACGUGGGAAGGGCAAAACUGGAGAAAUUGGAGUGGACAAUGUUAUAUUAAUUUCUGGUCUAUGCCCAGAAGACACCUGA